GGAGGACUGGCAAAUAAAAGCGUGCCGACCUGCCCAUUACUCAGAUUGCAUCGUUCACUCCCGCCGUCAACAUGAGCUGCCUCUCGGUCUUGUGCAUCGUUUCUGCUAUCCUGGCAUCGGCUUUGGUUGCAAAUGCCGAUGUCAUUAGCACAGACUUUCCUCCCGUUGACGGGGAUGGUAGCCAACAUGAUGAUUUUGAUGCAGGGCGUGGACAUGAGUUUAGUCAUGAUGGAGAACACCAUGACCAUGAUCAUAAUUCUAGGCAUCACCAUGGUGAUCAUCAUAAACGACCAGAAGACAUGAAUGGAGACUUUGAUGGUAAAGACAGUUGGAGACACGAUAGUGGUGACCUUGAUGAGUAUGGUGAAGGUCAUGACGGUCACGAUGGUCAUGAUCACGAUGAUCACGAUGGUCAUAAACAUGGACAUGGAUGGCUAUUUUUGGUUGGAGGUGGCGUCUGUUUGUUGAUUGUUGUUGGUCUCAUUGUCACACUUGGCGUUGUCAUGUACAAGUAUAAGAAACGUACUAAAAAGAUAGAUACGGGCAAAUCAUACAAAGAACUGCAGAUGGUGUGAAAGUUUAAAGCUCAACUUGCCAUCUAUUAGGGAUUACUUGUUAGUUAUUAAGUAACUGGAUGUGUCUGCUGUUUGUAGUGUAUUUGACUGCUAGCAAACCAUAAAGCGUAUUAUCGUAUUAAAGUUGUAGUAAUAGUCAAUUGCAGUAGAUGUUUUGCACAUCUAGAUUUAGAUUCAAUGGUUUUACGUUAUGAAUUUAUCUACUGAAUGUCAAGGCUCUGUAACAUCAGCUACACAGUUGAUAUUGGAAAUCA